GGCAAAGUGCGGACUGCGUACCUGCGAACGAUACAGCAUUCGACCGCAGUGCACCGCGACGAACCGAGCGCGAUACGUAUACCGACGACAGCCUUUGCUGAUCGAAUAUCUUAAUAUAUAGAUCCUCUAACAUAACUUACUAUAUAGUUAUAUUUUAACAGUGCCCAGAUUAUACGGCUUUGGUCGUUUUUCACAUUUGCUAAUUGAUUUUAUCACAUCAUAGGAGUAACUUGAUCCAAUUCCAUACUCCAUCUAUAUCGACGAAGGGUUUUGAUAUUUGUGAAGGCCUGAUGGGCGUUCGUCAGAAUCCUUGGACGCCCACCAAGAGACGAGGACCGAUAGCCGCAGAAGCUGCUAGCCCAGGUCCUGCUGUGGUUUCACUUCCCUCCUUAAUAGGCAAACCUCCGCCAGAGUCUAGAAAGCCCCGUGCCCCGGCGUUUACGUUUGGACAUAAAUUGGAUUCUGGAAAGGAUAAGGCUGGCCCAGGUCCGGCUACGUAUAACACUGAAGGCAUGACAGCUAAAGGUCGAGCGAUCGGUCCAGCGGCGUCAUUACAUGGUCGAUGGCCGCCCCCUAAGCUCAUUCCCACUCCUGCACCAUGUGACUACGAACCCGGAAAAUCUGUUCGAGCUGUUUUAGACCACGCCCCGGCUUUCUCUAUGGGCCUUCGUGUUAGCAUUCCUCAAGCCGGCAGCAAAACGCCAGCGCCGAACGUUUACUCCAUGCCACCGGUUCUCGGAGAAGCACGUGAGGGCAACAAGCGAGCGGCCCCAGCCUUCAGCAUCACUGGUCGAGGCAAAGCGGUGGAAAUAAAGACGCCAAUGCCUGGCCCAGGGACCUACACCACGGAUAAAGCUGCUUCUGCGAUCAUCAAACGACCUCCGGCGUACACGAUGGCUCCGAGGAGAGAAUUAAAGCCUCCAACAGCAACUGUGCCCGGACCGGGUGUCUAUUGUCCGGAAAAAGCCGACGCAGUGCUUCGUGAAAAAUCACCAAAAUUCAGUCUUUCAAGCAAAUUUAAGAAAACACAAAAAAUUGAGCAAGUUCCUGCUCCUAAUGCUUAUAACCCACAGAAAGCAGACAAAUUACUAAGAGAAAAAUCACCAGCUUUUUCAUUUCGAACUAAAACAGAAAUUGUGAAGGUACACGAUGCACCAGCACCUAAUGUAUAUACUCCAGAAAAAUCAAUACAUGCUCUUAAAAAUGGGCCAAAAUAUACACUUGCUGGUAAAGGUUUGGCUGAAAAACUUGAAGUAACACCAGGGCCCAACUCAUACAAUCCAGAAAAAGCUGAUAAAUUGCUUCAUGAAAGCUCUCCUGCCUAUACAUUGAGAUCAAAAGAGAAGACAGAAAAAGUUGAUACAACACCAGCUCCUAAUGUUUAUGCUCCUGAAAAAUCAAUGCAUAUGUUAGAUAGCGCUCCCAAAAUUACAAUUGCUGGGAAAGGCCCAACACCGAAAAUUGAAAAUUUACCUGCGCCUAAUGCCUAUACUCUCGAUAAGGCUGACAAGCUUCUUCACGAUUCAUCUCCAGCUUACACUUUUAGACCUAAAGUUGGUUUUGAAAUACCCAACGAUACACCUGCGCCAAAUGUUUAUUCUCUUGACAAAGCUGAUAAACUUCUUCAUGAUUCUUCACCAGCUUAUACAUUUAGACCUAAAGUUGGUGUUGAAAAACCAAAUGAUACACCUGCCCCAAAUGUUUAUUCUCUCGACAAAGCAGACAAACUCCUUCAUGAAUCUUCACCAGCUUUUACAUUUAGACCUAAAGUUGGUGUUGAAAAACCAAAUGAUACACCUGCACCAAAUGUUUAUUCUCUCGACAAGUCAGACAAACUCCUUCAUGAAUCUUCACCAGCUUAUACAUUCCGACCAAAAGUAGGUGUUGAUAAACCAAAUGAGACACCAGCUCCAAAUUGUUAUGAUCCACGCUUAUUAAAUGGCACUCCGAAAUUUUCUAUUUCGGGCAAGGGGCAAACACCAAAACCAUUUGAUUUACCUGCUCCUAAUGCAUAUGAUCCUCAUCUACCUGAUAACACUCUAAAAUUUUCAUUAACUGGUAAAGGCCGGAAUGAGAAACCUCUGGAUACGCCAGGUCCGAACAGUUACGAUCCACAUUUACCAUCUAAUUCACCGAAAUUCACUUUGUCUGGUAAAGGUCAAGAUGGAAAAAUUUCGGAUAUCCCUGGACCAAACGCAUACGAUCCAAAUUUGCCUAGUUAUGGUCCUAAAUAUACAAUGUCAGGGAAAGGAUAUUCACCAAAAUUACAAGAGACGCCCGGACCAUCUGCAUAUGAUCCUCAAAUUUUAAAGGGUUCCCCAAAAUUUACACUCGCAGGUAAAGGCAAACCCGACAAAUUAAAUGAUGCGCCGGCACCAAAUUCAUAUGAUCCAAGCAAAUAUGUUUUGAAUGGAGUACCCAAAUAUAGUUUUGGUUUAAAGGGACACAUAGAAAAGCCUUAUAACAACCCUGCACCUAAUGCCUAUACCCCUGAAAAGGCAGAUAAAGUUUUACAUGAAAAUUCACCAGCAUAUACUUUUAGGCCUAAAAUAGAAAAUGGAAAACUCCCUGACACACCAGGCCCUAAUGUUUACAACCCAGAAAAAGCAAAUGAAGCCAUUUUUGAAAAAAGGCCUGCCUAUACUUUAUCAGCCAAAGGAAAGGAUGCUAAAAUAAACACAAACCCAGCACCUAACUUGUAUAAUCCUGAAAAAGCUGAUAACGUACUAUUAGAUAGUGCUCCUCGAUAUUCUUUUAGGAUAAAAACAAAUCCAUUUAAGCCCGACAAUGUACCAGCACCGAACAAUUACAACCCAGAUAAAGCAGACAAAGUGCUGUUAAAAAGCGCACCACAAUAUACUUUUAGAAUUAAGCCGGAAACAACAAAUGCUGUGGUUACCCCUGGUCCAAAUACCUACAAUAUACCAAAUCUACACAAAACACCACUGUACACAAUUUCGGGAAGACAUAAAGAACCAAUCGAUGAACGUCUGAAAGUUCCAGCCCCUGGUGCUUAUAGUCCGGAGAAGGGAUAUAAAUUUGUUUUAACAUACUCCCCUCAAUAUACUUUUGGAGUUAAAAUUCAUACUGACAAGUACGCAGAUACUCCAGCACCAAACAGCUAUCGUGUCCCUUCCGUCUUGGACGCCCCCGUGUACACUAUGUCGGGACGACACAAGGUACCACUGGACGAUCGAGUAAAGGUACCCGCGCCUGGCACCUAUUCACCGGAAAAGGUGCAGAUUAAUAGAACUCCACAGAUAACAUUUGGAAUUAAACAUUCUCCAUUAUUGGGUCAACUCAAACCUAUUUCGCCUCUUCGUCCUGUUGAUCGAGAAAUACCAGAGAAAGUCGACGAUUAUACUCGGCGAAAUGAAAUUGUCGCUACAAACCAUGAUACAGACAUAAAUGUAGGUGAUUCACGACGAGCCGAGUCGGUCGACUCAAAUGUUGACAUCCAAAAUAUGCGUAUAACUCAAAUAAGAUCGCAGAAUGAAGUAAGGAGCAAUACGGUUACACCAGAACCUAUACAAGAGACGCUGGCUCAAGAAAUAGUAUGGGUGCCGGAAAAUUCAGAACGUCGCGGUUCCUAUACGAUUGAAAAACCUGAGGGUAAUGCAUUUGUCGAAAGGUAUGAACACAAUGAAGUAGUUCCGGUCGAUAAUGGGGUUAUUAGAGUCUCUGGUAGCGGGGAGAGAGGUGCGUCUUAUACUGAACAACGAAGUGGUGAAGUUAUUCGGAAGGAUGGAUAUGUUCAAAAUAUUGAUAGAAGAGUAAACAAUGCUAAGGCACACGACACCAAACAAAAAACAACUGAAGAAGUCCGUGUCGGGACCGAUGUUCAGCAUUUACCGAACGGUGGAAUUGCUAAAACAACUACGACAACAACAAUUAAAAAAGUUGGAACUGCUGCUAAAACUGCAAAUGUCUCCACAACAGUAACUCGCACUAACACUGCUAUAAACUCACGUGAUAUUUGCGUACAAUAAUUCGAACUGCAUUUUACAUUAUAUGAAUUAACCAAUUCAAUAAGUUUAACUAGCCUGAUUAAUUUUACUGAACUUGAUAAAGACUAUUAAAUUCAUAAAAUUUGAAUGAUUUUUUCAAUAACUCAAUUAAAUAUGCUUGAUUUGUAACAUGGGUGCCUAUCACCAACUCUUCAGUUUGUAUUUUUAAUGAAUAUUCAAAUAAGAAUAAUUGUAAUUGUACAUUUUUAAUGAUUCUAUUUAUUAUUUUAAAUAUUUAAUUUUUUACGCUCUAAAUUUAAUUGUUAUUAACUGUAUUAAUGUACAAUAAAUAAUUAAUUUAAUGAUACAUUAAACUCUCUAUUUUUGA